GUGGUGCCUGGAAUCUCACGUGACCCGACACACCGUCAGCUUCCCCGCAGUGGGCGCAUUCCUGUCAACUGAUGUGCACGCCGUAGCUGGCGUUCAAGAAACGCUGACCAGUAUUGUGUUGUCGUCGACCUUGGUUUCACUCGUUACUAGGCUCUUUUUUUCUUUACUAGGUGUAAUCGCCGAUAUGGCUCUGUCUUGUUCUCGCUUCUUCCGCUUUCUUCGAUCCAUUGCUGAACCGGUGCUCGCUAUCGUCGGUUUCUCCUGCCUCCUCACUUUCAUAUUCAUACUCUAUCAACCCACGCCAGGCCCAGGAAUCUCUCAGAAAGUCGGAUGGCAAUCAUGGGAUUCUGUGAGUUCGGUGGGCAACAGCACGACACCGGAGGAUGUCAGCGUCGAUACCGAUUGGUGGAACGUGUCGUACCCUGGAGAUGAGCCGUCUGACACCUCAAGUUACCCUCUGGACUACUGGGCACCUUUCCUACCGCAUGAUACUGGCCUGUCGGAAAUCACCAUCGAGCGAUGCAUGUUUUCCCCUGAGUUUGCCGGCAUCGACCUGUGCGCACCUGAAACGACAGUAGAGAAGGAUGCCGUUAAAGGUAAAUGGGUGCGCGUCGAACGGGAUCUCAAUAUGCAGUCCGGACUCUGGUCUUUAAAUCUGUACUACAGACGGACGCGUCGGCUUGAUGUUCCUCUUAUCACCGAGUUCAAGCUGCUUCCUUCGGGAGAAGAGCCCGGUACCAGAACAGACAUGUGGUUCAAAGUCAAACGUUCCAUCCGAGACGGUGUCGUGCGCCAAAAGCCUCUUUACCUCUGGUAUAAGAUUGGAAAAGCGAUGAACGAGAUGACAACCGAGGAAAAACAACAAAUUAUUACCGAGGUCGAUGUCUUGUUUGGGGAAGAUCGUCCGUGGUAUGGAUUUGAGAAGGUCGAACCUGCUGUCACACCAGAGAAAGACGGCGUUAUCGAGAGUGUAUAUGUGACUUAUCGACGCGGUGUCAAGCCUGUGCCUCACGCUCCUCCUCUCCACUUUUCGCAAGAUGGAAAGUUCAAGAUUCUUCAGGUUGCCGAUUUACAUUUCUCGGUUUCCCGUGGUGAAUGCAGAGACACCGACAUUUCUCCCUGUUAUGCUUCGGACAACUUGACGAGCACAUUGCUUGGUCAUGUACUUGAUGCAGAGAAGCCAGACAUGGUGGUCUUUACAGGAGAUCAGCUCAACGGCCAGGGAACGUCUUGGGAUCCCAAGUCUGUGUUAGCCAAGUUUGCAUCGGAGGUGAUCGAUCGGAGCAUCCCAUGGGCAGCAGUAUUUGGCAACCAUGAUGACGAGAACGGGGCUGUUAGAGCAGAACAGUUGAAGAUGAUGCAAGCUUUACCAUACUCGCUUGUUGAGAGAGGUCCAAAGGAUAUCCAUGGUGUUGGAAACUACGUUUUGAAAGUCAGGAGUGGAGACAGUUCGGCAACGCAUCUACUCACUCUCUACUUUAUCGACUCGGGGGCGUACUCUCAAGGUUACUUUGAUUGGUUUGGGUAUUUCUUCCCGACCGAAUACGACUGGAUUCACCAAGACCAAAUUGACUGGUUCCUAGGCGAAUCGGCACUGAUAUAUCCUAUCGAACGCCCAUACACUCCUCAGACUACUUCGGAUCUCGGAGACAUCUGGCGAAGGCAAUCAGAUCAACUUCCACCGACGACUCGGAAGCUUGCCAAGCCCAACGCGUUGAUGUUUUUCCAUAUCCCGCUACAAGAGUCGUAUGGGACGCCAGAUAUAGAUCAGCGUACAGGACUCCCACUUGAUAUUGGUACAUCCCUGGAGGGCUCUGGCGCUGCCAAGAAGAGUGAUGGUAUGUUCGAGAAGGGUUUGUUAGCUGCGUUGGAGACGGAUCACCGUUCUGGUGCUGCUAUUCCUGAGGUCAAGGCUGUUGCAAACGGACAUUGUCACGUCAUCGAGGAUUGUAAGAGAAUCAAGGAUGUCUGGUUAUGUUUUGGUGGUGGAGGUUCGUACUCUGGGUAUGGCAGGGUUGGGUUCGAUCGGAGGUUCCGUGUAUAUGAGAUUUCGGAUUACGGGGAGACCAUUCGGACGUACAAGCGGAGCGAGCACGACGAGAUUCUGAAUGACUACAUUCUCGCUGGCCAGGGGGCUGCUCCGUAUAAUUCGCAAUGGAAGUAGAUAGUUUGUUGUUGCCUAAUUUAGCAAUGCUUUCCCAUGUGAUACGCGUGCGUGCGGGG